UUAAUGUACUAUUUGUUUUACUUGUAUGAACACUGCGAUGCUAUGCACAGAGGCUAUAACACACGUACGGUAUUAAAGUUAGAAAAAAAUUACAUCACUCUGUAAUUUUCUAGAAUACGAAGUCGAGCCUGUCAUUUAUGUAACACGCUGCAUCUGAAAACGUGCAUAAUUCGAUUAAUAUUCUCGGCUUAUUGUUUACCAUUUAUUGUCGGGAUAUCACCGUAUCUGGUAUAAUUUCCACUAAUCUGCACGCAAUGAGUUUGUCACUCCGAUAAUCAGGCACGCGGCGAUAAAAACAUCUUGCGUUUACGCGCAUGGUCAUAACAUUACUUGUUUUUGUAUUACCUCGUCGAAUGAGUUUGGUUCUAAAACGUAUUCCUUAAACGUAUAAAAAACAAGUACCUGGGACUUGGUUACGAUCACCAAUUGGUCGGGAGACGGAUGCACUAGAAAAUCGCGGCCUCGACGCGCUAACCUUUCCGUAGAUGGAUUGGACUCUGCAUCUUUUACCAGUAACAUAUUUGCUUAGUCUGCAUAAAUCUUGAUCACGUGUCUGCCGCGGGUAAAUUAUUACCAGCUGUUCCCUAAAAUCCCGAAGGAAUAAAACCGACAGCAACGAUGAAGGAUCGCCAUAUCGAUCAGUUCACGGAAGAGAUUCCGUUGAGCGAUCUUGAAGCCUCGAAAACACCCUUGAACCAGAAGAAAAUUUUAUCUUUUGACGACAUGCUGCCACAUUCGGGGGAUUUUGGAUGUUAUCAAUGGCUACUUCUGUUCUCAUUAAUUCCGUACACUUUUACAUACGGUGUACUUUACUUCGCACAGUUAUUCAUCACAUUGACUCCGCCUGAACAUUGGUGCCACAUCGAUGAACUCGAAGGACUGACGAUGGAAGAAAAAAUAAACAACAAACAUAUACCCGCAUCGCCGGAAUACCCAUUUUACGACACUUGUCACCGCUGGAAUAAUAGUUGGGCAAACGAAAGUGAUAAUCUAAUAGAUUGCUCGACUUGGGAUUAUAACUUGACAAUGAUUCCAUACGUCAGCUUGGCUUCCGAGCUAGAUUGGGUAUGCGAUCGUUCGUACUACGUCUCCGCAGCUCAAUCAAUAUUCUUCGCCGGCUCGAUAGUUGGCGGUUUUGUCUUUGGAUGGCUCGCUGAUCACAGAGGUCGAAUACCCGCCCUUGUUAUUUGCAAUGGCAUUGCUUUACUAGCAACAAUAGCAACCUCCCAUGCAGAUGCUUUCUGGAAUUUUGCCCUCAUCCGUUUCUUUGCUGGUUUAGCCUUUGACAACUGCAUCAACAUCCCUUUAAUCAUUGUGAUGGAGUAUAUGGCGGUAGAUAAACGUAGUCUGGUGGUCAACGGAUCGUUUGGAUUAUUCUUUGCGAUCGCUACUACUAUAUUACCAUGGGCUGCAUAUUACAUUGCAGAUUGGAGAAUUUUCAGCUACGUCACUGCCAUACCACUUUUGAGUGCGAUAAUUACGCCAUGGAUACUUCCAGAAAGUGCAAGAUGGUAUCUGUCCUCUGGAAUGACUGACAAAGUGGUCGAAAAAUUGAAACGGAUUGCUAAAUUCAACAAGAAAAAUCCCAACCCCGCCAUCUACGAUACAUUUGUGAGAGACUUGAAAACGAACGCUGAUCGUCAGCAGUCGGCUACUCUGUUAGCCUUACGAAAAACACCUCGUUUGGCAAAACACAUGUUGAUCGUAACUGCGUAUUGGUCUCUGACAGCGUUAGCUUUCGAUGGGCAUGUUUACUCUUUGAAGCUUCUGCAGAGCUCUGUGUUUGUGUCAUUCACACUCAGCAGCGCGACCGAGUUCCCAGCCGGUCUCGUUCUCACAAUGACGUUGGACAGGUGCGGCCGACGCUGUUCAGCUAUUGUUCCAUCGAUAUUGACAGCUCUUUGCAGUAUCUUACUGUUAUUCAUAACAACAGGUGUCGGGGCCCUUAUUCUCGCGGUAACGGCCAGAUUCAUGUUGAAUAUGGCAGCAAACGUUGCUCUGCAGUUUGCAGCUGAAUUAUUGCCAACGCCGGUCCGUGCUCAGGGUGUUUCUUUCAUCCAUAUUUUUGGCAUAAUUGCUCAUUGCGUCGCUCCGUACAUCAUCGAGUUGGCGAAGGUAUGGGAGAAGCUACCGAUGAUAACGCUGGCAAUUGUGUCAAUCUUGGCAACAAUUCUGGUGCUGUUUUUACCGGAAACUUCAGGUGAGGAUUUGCCACAAACGCUACAAGAAGGAGAAAACUUUGGAAAGGGUCAGAAAAUGUGGUCGAUGCCAUGUUGUGGAAAAAAAGCAAAUCGAUCGUGAAGAUCAUUACUCCGUACGUCGAUACGACACAGACGACUGUAGUGAAAUAUUCAUACAAGUGAACACAAUGUGCUCGAAAAAGCUGGGACAUGAAGCCUGGUUAUAAACGGAGUCGGUGCGUUAGGUAAUUUUUAUUGUAACCAUAGAUCUAUCUAAAACUGUGAAACCCAAAGUCACGUGAACAGCCAUAUUAGUUGGACUAUUGAUUGCUAUGAUAAUACGUUCAUUGAAAAUUUAGCAAAUCAGUAUUUUUACAAUAAUAAUAACAAUUCAUCGUACAAUA